AUGACGAUCGAACACGAUUUUAACGGCGAAGACAUCUUAUUUCCCAUCGAAAGCAUGAACACCAUGCAACGUACGGAAAAUAAUGCUUCGAAUAAUAUAAGUAACGAUAUCAACCCGUAUUCUUUAGAUAUCAAAAACAGUGUCUUUGACAGUGCAGAUAUCGGUAACAUCCAGAACCAAGAUACCUCAUUAACAUCGGGGCUUCCCCCAUUAUCAUUCGAUUCCCCAGUCCCUGCAAUGGACACGAUGCUUUCCUCUGCCGAUAAUAGUCUACACUUGAAAGCUAACGUCAACAGAAACUCCAACGCGAGGAACAACAAGAAUGAUAAUGAAAACAGCAACAUUACCAACACAAAUGUUACUGGUACAAAUCAAUACACGACUUUCACGUCACCGUACCCUAUGAACGAUAUUUUGUACGACAUGAACAAUUCAUUGCAAUCUCCAUCACCUUCAUCGGUAUCUCAAAACCGAACUACAAACCCCCCUGUUAACUUGAUAAAUAACGAAACCAAUUUAUCGCCGCAAACUUCAAACGGGAAUGAAACUCUCAUAUCCCCUCGGACUCAACAACAAACGUCCAUUAAUGAUGACCAUCUGUCCUUUCCUAAUCCUCCUAAUACGAAUCUUUUUAUUGACACCAAUCCAAACAACUUGAACGAAAAAUUAAGAAACCAGUUAAAUUCAGAUACAAAUUCAUAUUCCAACUCUAUUUCCAAUUCCAAUUCUAAUUCCACGGGGAACCUGAAUUCUAGCUAUUUUAAUUCAUUGAACAUAGAUUCCAUGUUAGAUGAUUACGUAUCUAGUGACCUUCUGUUGAAUGAUGAUGACGACGAUACCAAUUUGUCACAUCGAAGGUUCAGCGAUGUCAUAACAAACCAACUUCCAUCAAUCACGAAUUCAAGAAAUUCUAUUUCACAUUCUUUGGACCUUUGGAAUCAUCCAAAAAUAAAUGCAAACAAUAAAAAUACAAACCUCAAUAUUACUUCCAACUCUAACCCGAGUUCCAAUGCAAGUCCGAGUGCUACUACUUCAAACGCGAAUACAAACUCGAGUAAUACUGGAAUUCCAAACAACAAUGACACUGCCAUAGAUAAUGAGCUAACGCAGAUUCUGAAUGAAUAUAACAUGAACUUCAACGAGAAUUUGGGCACGGCUAGUGCUAGCAGGAACAGGCCUACUUGUCCAAAUUCCUUCGAUGCUAAUACCAUGACAAAGAUAAACCCAAGCCAACAAUUGCAACAACAGUUGAACCGAUUUCAACACAAACAGCUCACAUCUUCACAUAAUAAUAGCAGCACCAAUAUGAAAGCUUUCAAUAGUGAUCUUUAUUCGAGAAGGCAAAGAGCUUCGUUACCCAUAAUCGAUGAUUCGCUAAAUUACGAUUUGAUCAAUAAACAAAACGAGGAAUUUAAAAAUGAUAUACUGCCGAACACAAGUUCGUCUUCAUCACAACAAUUCAUCAAACCAUCUAUGAUUCUUUCAGAUAAUGCGUCUGUUAUUGCCAAAGUAGCAACCACAGGCAUGAGUAAAGAUAUGUCAUUCUUGACAGAAGAAGAUGAACAGAAUACCAAUACCAAUCCAAACUUCGAUCUUUCCAUGCCUCAAAUGAACAUGGCUCCAUCAUCGCCGGCGUCGUCAUCUUCCGCUUCUCUUGCCACGAACCAUUUCUACCACCAUUUCCCGCAGCAGAAUCAUCAUAACAUGAACUCAAAAAUUGGCUCUUCUCUUCGAAGACGAAAGUCUGCCGUACCCUUAAUGGGUACAGUGCCCCUUACGAAUCAACAAAAUAAUAUAAGCAGUAAUAGUGUCAAUUCAACUGGAAACGGCAUUGGUGUCUCGAAGGAAAAGAGACCAAGUUAUAGAAGAAAAUCAAUGACACCAUCCAGAAGAUCAAGUGUCGUAAUGGAAUCAACCAAUGACCUUGAAGAAAAACCGUUUCAUUGUCACAUUUGUCCCAAGAGUUUCAAACGAAGCGAACAUCUGAAACGGCAUGUAAGAUCCGUCCAUUCCAAUGAACGCCCAUUUGCUUGUCAUAUAUGCGAUAAGAAAUUUAGUAGAAGUGAUAAUUUGUCGCAACAUAUCAAGACCCAUAAAAAACAUGGAGACAUCUGA